CGCUCAGCGGUAUUAGAUGCCCACUGAAUCCGAUACAUCAAAUAUUAUAAUUUUGUGUGUGCAAGGGAAGGACAGCAAGAACGACUGAGACAGUGCACCGAUGUUGAAGGGAGUUGUGAAGAUGCUGUGGGUGGCUGCGGCUCUUGUUGUUGUGGCUGCUACAGCCGGUGCUGCUGUCGCGAGUGAGAAUGGCAACGAUGACGGCUUGAAGGAUCACCCAGUGGUUGGAACAGCCAGCUAUUCCUUGGAUGGAACCUGGGUGGCGACAGCGCACGGGUCCUCGCAAUCAUACCAAGUCAUCGCGCAGGUGCCCGGUGACUUGAUCUCGGACCUGGAGCGUCAAGAGUACAUCGGCAACCCCCUGUACGAAGUCAACUUCCUCAACUCCACCAUUUGGCACUCGUACAAUUGGACAUACACUCGAAACAUCUCUUUGCCAGGCCUCAACCAAGGGGAGCGGUACAUGCUCGUCUUUGAUGGCGUGAAGAUGGGCGCCACCGCAUACGUGAACGGCCACCGCGUAGCAGUGAUGACAGACCAGUUCCUCCGCUACACCGUCGACGUGACCCAAUGGGCACGCGCUGGCUACAAUGACAUUGCCGUCACCUUUGACCCCGCCAUGGACGUCAACGGAAGAUUCAUGGCAUGCACUGGCGGGUGGGACUGGGCGUUCUACACCAACACAGCGAACCACGGCUGCUCCACCUUCACAAAGGGCAUCUGGAAGAGCGUGUACAUCGUCAAGGCUGCGCCUGUGGCGGUGACGCAUCUGGUGCCGCACGUCUUCUACAACGGAUCGUAUCCGAACAAACCGCUGCAAGACGACAACCACGGCGACUUUGAGGUGCACGUAAAGGUGUUCUUCUGGACACACGCGGCGCAGCACGUGUCCAUCACCGCAACGGGCGAGUGGGGCGCGACAGCUUCGACCUCCGUCGUCUCCGAACCCGGCGACAACGUGCACAUGCUGAAGUUGCGUGCGACUGCUGCUGACAUUGACCUGUGGUGGCCGGUUGGCAUGGGAGAUCAUCCCCUCUACACCGUCACGGCCUCUGUAUCCGCUGGUGGUGCCCCCGUCACCGCCCAACGCAACAUCGGAUUCAGGGUGUUUGCGCUUGUGACGGGUAACGACACCAACCCCGAAUACGUCAAGAAAAACAUGCACGCAGAUGGGACUGACACGCAGGGCAUGCUGUUCCGCGUCAACGGCGCUGCGAUAUACUCGCGCGGGGCGAACAUGAUACCGAUGGAGGAACUUGAGGGCCGGCUCAACGGCACCGCACACCGGCAGCUCGUGCAGAGCGCUGUCGACGGCGGAAUGAACACGCUGCGUGUGUGGGGCGGCGGUAUCUUCCUGCCAGACGCGUGGUACGACGCCUGCGACCGGCUCGGUGUGCUCGUCUAUCACGACAUGCAGUAUGCACAGCGGGGCCAUUCGCCCACAAACGACAGCACGCAGACUGCAGAGCUCCAGCACCAGAUUCGGCGGCUGUCGCACCACCCGAGCAUUGUCAUCUGGGACGGGUGCAACGAGUGCCACGUUGUGAUCCACACACCAACAGGCAUUUAUGCGACGUUUGUGAUGACGCUCGUUGCGGCUGAGGAUGCGUCGCGCGUGAUCUGGCCGUCCUGUCCGGCCCCGGGAUGGACAAACGGCGUCAACCGCCUCACGGGUCUUCCAAACGGCUCCCCGCUCGGCCUCCUGCCACGCGCAACCCCACCACCGUCAUCGUCAUCGUCAUCGUCGUCGUCGUCGCUGUGUCGUUUCCAAGAGAACACAGACUAUGAAGCCGGCACCGUCUGGACACACCCCACCGCUUCUACACAGGAGACGUGCUGUGGCGAGUGCAGCCGCAACAGCACGUGCGAUAUUGCCGUGUUCUACGAAUCAACGUGCUGGUUCAAGCGCAACACCAGCGCGCCAUCCUACCGCCAAGGUCGCACGGCAUGCUUCCCGCCGGGUGCCGGGCCCAUCCCAACGCCGCAGCCAGCGCCGCCGUCACCAGGCAACAUCGAGACACAUGGCCCAUACCAGCACGGCUCGGGGUUCCCUGCAAUGAACGGAAGCCCACAACUUCAGCUCUUUGAUGCAAACAUCCCCAUCUCCCUCACUCCGUACCUGACUGGCCCACAAUACCACAGCGUGUAUGCGUCUGAGUUUGGGUGUGUGGUGAUGUCGUCGUUUGAGUCGAUGGCGCCGACUUUGGCCAAGGAGCACUGGGGACUGCACGGCGGCGCGCCCCCAGACAACUGCACGGGCGGGUUCAGCCCCGUGUGCCACGGCGACAACGUGAUGGCACAGCGUAACUACCCGUGUGACAGCAUCGUACUCGUGUACUUCGGCGAACAGGACCUCAACGCCACCGGCGCAGACGCCUUUAAGAAACAGCUCUACAUGUGCAUGAUUGGGCAAGCGCUGAACAUCAAGAGCAACAUCGAGACCCGACGCGGCACGAACCAGUUUGGAACGCUCAUCUGGCAGCUGAACGAGAUCUGGCCAACCGGCGGCUGGGGCUCGCUCGAAUACGGCACGCCAGGGCAGCCGGGGCAGGUGAUUGGUGGGCGGUGGAAGCCGCUACACUACUGGCUCAAGUCGUCCAUCUAUGCAGACACGAUGGCGGCGUGCGACGGGGCAGGCGUGUGCUACAUCAAGAACGAUGCAGCGCGCGCAUUCACAGGGCGCGUCACAGUCACUGCAGUGCCGUUCAACGGCAGCCCUUCGUCUGUCCUCAAGGCGUUGGAUGUGUCGCUGGAUGCCGGCGCCGGGGUGACGCAAUGGUUCACAGUGGACCUCUCGUCCAUCAACUACAACAGCACCGUGCUGCUGAUUGAAGUGGCGGACACAACAACAACAGCAGCAGCAGCAGCAGGUGCCAACGAUGAUGGCGACAGCGGUGUCAUCGUGUCAUCAAAUGUGCAGGCGCUGACGCCACCACAAUACAUGCAGCUGUCCCCCGCUGACGUGUCGUUCACGGUUGCAGACACGGCGAGCAGUGAUGGCACCAUUGACAUUACCGUCACCACCACAGCGCCGGCAAUGUAUGUGACGUUGACCACGCUCGCACAGGGCAGAUUCUCAGAUAACGCUUUCCUCCUCACGUCAACCAAGGUUGUUCAGUUCAUUCCAUUUCUGCCAACAACACCGGCACAGCUGAAGCAGUCGCUUCGCAUCGAGCACCUGCAGCAGUACACGGCACACGCGUAGCCGUCCUCUGUGUGUGUGUGUGUGUGUGUUGGGGUUCUUGUGUUUGUAUUGUGCUGGCUGCUGCUUCGUGAGACCAUAAUGUGUGCCUUGUUUGGUUCGCUUGCUUGCUGGUUUUAAUUUGGCUCCCACAUGGCGGUAACGAGAGGAGCUGGAUGCGAUAAACAACGCGCCCAACCCCAAGCAUGUGUGCGGGCGCCCUGUUGCUGUUGUUGUUACAUGUUCCCUCUUCAAUCUCAUACACGCGUACAUGCGCACAUCGCAUGCCACGAUCAUCGUUGCCGCCACAAUUGUAAACACUGAACGCUGACG